CGUGAGUCGCCGCGGGGCUGAGAGGCUGGGGUGCGGGCGGUGACGGCCUGGGCAGGUCAUAAUGAAUUCAAAUAAAGCAAUUGAAUUACAACUACAAGUAAAACAAAAUGCAGAAGAAUUGCAAGACUUUAUGAGGGAUUUAGAAAACUGGGAAAAAGACAUUAAAGAAAAGGAUAUAGAGCUAAGAAGACAGAGUGGUGUUCCUGAGGAGAAUUUACCUCCUAUUCGAAAUGGAAAUUUUAGGAAAAAGAAGAAAGGCAAAGCUAAAGAGUCUUCUAAAAAAACUAAACAGGAGAAUGCAAAAAACCGGAUAAAAUCUUAUGAUUAUGAGGCAUGGGCAAAACUUGAUGUGGACAGUAUUCUUGAUGAGCUUGACAAAGAAGAUAGUCCUCAUGAUUCCAUGUCUCAAGAGUCAGAGUCAGAAGAAGAUGGAAUUUGUGUAGAUUCACAAAAGGCUCUUGCUCUAAAAGAAAAGGGCAAUAAAUACUUCAAGGAAGGAAAAUAUGAUGAAGCAAUUGAAUGCUACACAAAAGGCAUGGAUGCUGAUCCGUAUAAUCCUGUGUUGCCGACAAACAGAGCAUCAGCAUACUUUAGAUUGAAAAAGUUUGGUGUUGCUGAGUCUGAUUGUAAUUUAGCAAUUGCCUUAAGUAGAACUUAUGCAAAGGCUUAUGCUAGACGAGGAGCUGCUCGAUUUGCUUUGCAAAAAUUAGAGGAUGCCAGAAGAGAUUAUGAAAAAGUAUUAGAACUGGAACCAAAUAACUUUGAAGCAACAAGUGAACUCAGGAAAAUCAAUCAGGCUUUAACAACCAAAGAAAACUCAUUUCCAAAGGAAACUGUUACAGUAGUUAAGUCAACUGGAGGAGAGAAAAAACAAAUUGAAGAACAACAGAAUAAACAGCAGGCCAUCUCAGAGAAAGAUCGGGGGAAUGGAUUUUUCAAAGAGGGGAAAUAUGAAAGAGCAAUUGAAUGCUAUACUCGAGGCAUAGCAGCAGAUGGCACUAAUGCCCUCCUUCCUGCUAAUAGAGCAAUGGCCUAUCUGAAGAUUCAGAAAUACGAAGAAGCUGAAAGAGAUUGCACACAAGCUAUUAUGUUAGAUGGCUCAUAUUCUAAAGCUUUUGCCAGAAGAGGAACUGCAAGAACAUUUUUGGGAAAGAUAAAUGAGGCUAAACAAGAUUUUGAAACUGUUUUACUUCUGGAACCUGGAAAUAAACAGGCAGUAACUGAACUUUCCAAAAUUAAAAAGGAAUUAAUUGAGAAAGGAUACUGGGAUGAUGUCUUUCUUGAUUCCACACAAAGGCAAAAUGUGGUAAAACCCUGUGAUAAAUCACCUCAUCUUGGAUCAACCAAACCACUCAAGAAGGUUAUAAUUGAAGAAACUGGUAAUUUGAUACAGACUGUUGAUGUGCGAGAUGCUGCUGCUCCAGAGAGUAAUCCUAUUAAUCUAGCAAAUGUGGUAGCAGCCACAGGCACUGCAAGUAAAAAGAAUUCAAGCCAGGAUGACCUUUUGCCCACAAGUGAUACUCCAAGAGCAAAAGUAUUGAAAAUAGAAGAAAUCAGUGAUACUUCAGCUCUGCAACCUCAAGUUAAUUUGAAACAGGACGUGUGUCAGUCUUUCAGUGAGAAGAUUUCUAUAAAGGUGGAACAAACACCUUCUCAGUUUGUCACACCUGUUCUCCCUCCAAUUCCUACCAACUCAUUCCAGCUUGAAUCUGAUUUCAGACAACUGAAAAGUUCUCCAGAUAUGUUGUAUCAGUAUUUAAAGCAAAUUGAACCAUCCUUGUAUCCUAAGUUAUUUCAGAAAAAUCUAGAUCCGGAUGUAUUCAACCAAAUCAUUAAAAUUCUACAUGACUUUUACAUUGAGAAAGAAAAGCCUUCACUCAUUUUUGAAAUCUUACAAAGACUUUCUGCUAAAAGGUUUGAUAUGGCAGUGAUGUUUAUGUCAGAACCUGAGAAAAAGAUUGCACAUGUAUUAUUCAAUCAUAUAGACAAAUCAGGAUUAAAGGAUAAUUCUUUUGAAGAACUCAAGAAAAGAUAUGGUGGCUGAUUUCCAGUUUUACUGAGAUUGUUUUUGACUUUGACAUGUAAAUUUUUUUCUACUGAAAAUAAAGUGUUUUUCCUUUUAAGAA